GAUGGGAUUAACACACCGUCAAUACAUUAUUAUUGUUUGUUUUGCAUGUGUUGUACGGGCGUCAUCAUGGUGUCGUGAUGCCUCGUUUGUGAUACUCACUACUGCGGUGGGACUCCUCGGCAACAGAGUCGGGCAUGAUGUGAGACAAUUCUCUGACAGAGAGAAGACCACGGAGAUGGUUGUUGUCUUCUGAUCUGUCCAACGCAAACGUCGGCAGAGGCUCGUGGAGUCUGAACUGAUGGAGACUGAGUGCAGGCGCAGCGUCUUCCCUCAAAAGGACGCGACCCAGUCUCCUGGGUGGGGACCAUGGGGCGGACCCAGGCCUGAUGCUUACAACUCGGUCGGAGGAAGUCAGAGACACGUCUCUGUGUCGUAUUCAGCAUCUUUAAUAGCUGAGUGACUGAGUGGAAGCUCCCAGGAACCAGUCGGACUUGUGUGAUGACGAGUCUUUAGCCUCCAGGUGACGCUACACACCACUUCCUGCUGUACCAGACUGAGACUCAGUGAAGGCGUCUCUAGAGGAAGCCACUUCCUGCAGCGGCGAGAGGACGGAGCCUGCAGGCAGCUGAGGGAGCCACCUGAGCACCGGAGGAACAGGUUGGCCCAGAACCCUGAAGGUCAUGUGUUCGCUGCGACAGUUCAGAUGCUGCUGUGUUGAAGCUGCGCUCUGGAUGUCGGGAUGACACUGUUGAGGGAACGCUGCGGCUCUGACAGGCGACACUGACGAGCUCCUGAUGUCGGACCAAAGCUGUUCUGUUCACUUCAGACGCCGCCCUCGCAUGUGUGUGGGAUUGGUGUGUCAGUUCUUGUGAGGACCAAUUCUUGACAAUACACCACCUGAGCCCAUGGAGAAUGGUGAUGCUGCUGUGUCCUGCCGUCUGUGUGAUGCUGGCCUCGGCCGAGGGAGGAGUCCACAUGCCCUUCUCCGACUCGGUCAAGUACUCCAUCCUGGGCGUGUCCAUCGCUCUGCUGCUGGUGGCCCUGGCCAUCCUGGCCUGGCAGGCGCUCAGGUACUACAGGCAGAGCUGCGUGGCGCCACAGGAGGAGGCAGUGGACGGUGACCUGCUGGACCAGGACCACAGCUCCACCAAAGACAGACGCCGCGCUGGAUCCUCCUUCAACAAGGUGGAUGAGGUCAGCAAAAAGGUCGCCAAGCUGGGUCGCCGUUUGUCUCAGGCUUCCUUCUGCUCGUCCGUUUCUGGCGCCACAGAUCUGGACUGCAUGGAGCUGACCAGCAUCGCGAAGGUUGAUGGAACCCUGCACUUCAACGUCCACUACGACCCACUGCAGUGCUGCCUGAAGGUGUCUGUGCUGGAGCUGGAGGGUCUGCAGGAGGUGAACCAGAACCCGGGCCAGAAGAUCUUCGUCAAGCUGAAGCUCUUGUGGGUCAGAGCUGGAGGAGCAGGACUGGAGCACUAUGUGAAUGAGGAGGGGGGCGGAGCCGCGCCGGUCCUGUGCUCUGUACUCCGGGAGUGGAGGACUCGGAUCGUCACCAGCAGCUGCAGCUGCCUGUUCGGAGACCAGUUCAGCUGUUUCCUGCAGGACGAGAAGGAGCUGCAUCAUCUGACCCUCAGGAUGGAGGUGAAGGACAUCAACGCGCUUUCCAGAAACGCCGUGCUGGGCCAGGUGAGGCUCCCUCUGGAGCAGCUCAGCCUCUCCAGCCAUCUGGAGCUGCAGAAAGAGCUCCAGGUGCCUCAGAAGGACCUUGUUGGAGAAGUGCUGCUGUCCCUGAAGUUCAUGCCCACCUCCCAGAGGUUGGAGGUGGGGCUGCUGAAGGUCAGAACUUCCUCCACAGAAAUCUGCUCGGAGGCUGUGCUGUACGCCAGGAUCACCGUGCAGUGCAACCAGCUCAAGCUGCGAUACCAGAAGACCUCAGCCGUACAGCGCAGCGUGGUGACGGUCUUCAACGACGUCCGUGUCUUCUUCUUCCCAGAGUUUCCUGUUGAGCAGUGCAAAAUUCUGGUGUCAGUCUAUGAAAUCCACGCCACCCGGAAAUCAAACAAGCACUUAAUUGGUCAAACCACGGUGGGCAAAGACCAGAGCCUGGAGGACGUCCACUGGAGACUCAUGAUGAGGUGCGUGCGUCAGCCGGUGGCCAGGUGGCACGGCCUGCUCAUCUGAGCCGCGGGAAGAGACGGAGCAGGCCCGCCGGGCUCUGUGGGCCGCUGCUCGUCAAGGGGUGGCCUGCCUGGCCGCUGACUCGGCCCACACAGGACGCUCAGCAAGCCUCUUCCUCCAGUGACCACGGCUGAAUCACCAUCUUCCACUUCCAUCUGACUCUAACAACAGAGCGCCGCCCUUUCUCCUGGCGCCCCCUGUCAGGUCCCUGCUGACAAACAAAGAACGCUGUAUUCCUUCAGCGUUCACAUCUUUUUUAACAUUCACUUGUUUUUUUCAUCCCACUUUUCCUUUUUUUGUGAACUUCAGCGAUGCAGGUGAA